AUGGCGUGGGAAGAGCCGAGAAAGACAGGCAUGCAGUACCGCCGCCUGGGCAACUCUGGACUGCACGUAUCGGUCCUGGGUUUGGGCGGUUGGUUGACCUUUGGCGGCCACGUUGAGAAUGAGAAGACGUUUGCUUGCAUGAAGCAGGCCUACGACCUCGGCAUCAACUUCUUCGACACGGCCGAGAGCUAUGCUGGUGGUAACUCGGAGGUCAUCAUGGGCCAGGCCAUCAAGAAGUUCGACUGGAACCGCAACGACAUUGUCGUCACCACAAAGCUCAACUGGGGCGGCGCCAACGGUGAAGUCCUCGUCAACAACCACGGCCUCUCGCGCAAGCACAUCAUCGAGGGCCUCCGCGCGUCUCUCAAGCGCCUCGACCUCGAGUAUGUCGACAUCGUCUACGCCCACCGACCCGACCGCCUGACGCCCAUGGAGGAGACGGUGCGCGCCUUCAACCACGUCAUAGAUAAGGGCUGGGCCAUGUACUGGGGCACGUCUGAGUGGAGCGCCGACGAGAUUGCCGAGGCGUGCGGCAUCGCCAAGGACCUCAAGAUGAUCCCACCCGUCGUUGAGCAGCCCCAGUACAACAUUCUAGAGCGCCGCAAGGUCGAGUACGAGUUCCAGAGGCUGUACCAGCGCUUCGGACUCGGCCUGACCACCUUCAGCCCCAUCAAGAUGGGAUUGCUGAGUGGCAAGUACAAUGACGAUCCGGACGCGCCCCCGGCCGGUAGCCGCUUCGCUGAGGGCAAGGGCGACAAGUUUGUCAACUGGGCCAACAAGGAGUGGUACGGCAACGAUGAGUGGAAGGCCCUGAUUCAGAACGUAGUUAAGCUCAAGGCCAUCGCCGAGAAACUUGGCGCGACGCAGUCCCAGCUGGCCCUCGCCUGGUGCCUCAAGAACCCCAACGUGAGCUCCGUCAUCACGGGCGCCUCGAGGCCGGAACAGAUUGUGGAGAACGUCGGUGCGUUGAAGCUUCUGGAGAAGUUGACGCCCGACAUCAUGGCCGAGGUCGAUGCCGUUGUGGGCGAGGUCAAGCUUGACCCGGCGAGACAAGAUUAG